UGUUGAGGUGAACGUAACGGACGAAGGAUCAUAGCCAAUCUCCGAUCUGGAUUCUGAAAUCGCACGAAUGUGCACCUAGAGCACCUGAAUAAUUUCAAUUUCAUGAGCUGCCAUGCCCUCACUUCUGGAAGCAAUAACCGAGAAAUAUGGCGCAGAUUCAAUGGAUUCUCUGGACGAGCUCCCGAUAGCAAUCUACGUUCCAAAACGAGGGCCUCGGAACAUUGUGCCCUCGUUAUUAGUUUUAAAUGACUGUGAUAUUGACACUGCAGGGUCAGAAAAUGAGCUUAAACAGAAAUGCCAAUGUGUGGAAGACUUGGACUUGGCCCAGAAUAAUUUAACACAAUGGAGUGAGAUCUUCUCAAUACUGAGAUUGAUGCCCUGUCUGAAAUUUGUCAAUCUUAGUUUCAAUGAUCUUAGUGCAGACAUAAUUCGUAAUAACAUCAUUGACACACAGUGGGGCUACCUGAAAAAUCUAGUACUUAAUGCUACACAGAUUAGUUGGAAAAAUGUAAGAUGCUUGCUGAAAAAUUUACCCAAAGUGGAAGAACUGCAUCUGAGUCUAAAUCACUACGAUAAUGUGGAUCUGAUAGAUGAUGUAUCUAAAGAACCUUUAGAGGUGAAAAGUUUGAAAAAACUUCACUUCACAGGAAAUCCUGUGGAAUCAUGGCUAGAAGUUAAGAAGCUCGGCAUUUCAUUUCCUAAUUUGGAGUCAUUAGUUCUGUCCCAGUGUCCUCUACGAAGUUUAGACUCUUCUUGUUCCUCUGUUAGUAACGAAUGCAAGUCAUCUCUCUACUCUCGAUCAGAAAGCGAAUCUGAAUCCUCAGAAAAGAAAAGUGACUCUCCACACAGUGCAUUUAGAUUUCUCCGUUUUCUCAAUCUAAAUAACACUUUGUUGGACUCCUGGGAUGAUAUUGAUCGCUUAGGUCGGUUUCCAGCCCUGCAGUACCUUAGAAUACAGGGCUGUGUCUUAUUUGAGCAUCCACAAGAAUAUACGGAACACGAACGGCGGCAACUUUUGAUCGCACGGCUGCCAAAUAUUGAAAUUCUAAAUGGGGGUGGAGCCAUCAGUACGGAGGAACGAGAAGACGCAGAACGCGCUUUCAUUCGUCACUACAUGGACAAGCCAGAGAGUGAUAAACCAGAGAGAUACCAUGACCUGGUGGCAAUUCAUGGCAAGUUGGACCCCUUGGUGAACAUCGACCUGAGACCAGAAAGACGCGUUAAAGUGACCAUCUCCUCAGAGAACUGCAUUGAAGACCGAUGUAUCGACGUGUAUCAGACCGUCCAGGAGCUGAAACAAAAAUUGGAGGAACUCACGAAGAUACCGGCACCCAAGAUGCGAUUAUUCUACGUUGACCAGGACAUGCGAGCACUGACUGGCCCCGAAGAGAUGAAGUUUCCAAACAAGCAAUUGUAUAGCUACAAUAUAUCCAGCGGUGACGAAAUCAUGGUUGACUUCAAAAAAUAGUUUGUUAGAUUUCAGAAAUUUUAUUUGAGUCGUCAAAAUUAGCUGCACCAUGUGAUUUGGCGUAUUUCUCUGGAGAGAAAUAAUUAGUUGUGGAAAAUUUAUUGCAGCAAUUCGCCAAAUCUUCAAGCAUUUAUUGAAACUUGCGUAUUUUUUGCAAGUCGAUGUGAGCAUUGUUAAGCAACUUCAUGGAUUGAACCCAUAGAAGUAUGCUCUCACAUCUUACAUCGGUAAUUGUCAACUUAUUCUCUAACUCUGUCUCGUUUUGAAUUAUUCUGUUAUUGAUGUGAACUUCCAAGCUCUUUGUGAUUGAACUUGUAAAAUUGAAUUUUCAAAACGAAAUAGGUGAGUUUCAUAAUUUAUUUAAAACUCAAGCCACAGUGUUCCUUAUAAAAGGUGAUCCGAAAAGUUAUCCUCGUGUUUUUUUGCUCAGUUUUUUCAAAUUUACAAAGGCUUUUUCAGCUUUCAAAUUUUGCAUCUUAAUGAAAAGAUAUCAGCCGACGGAGAAAUUUUAGACUGAGUCAUAUUAAUCUUGUCAUUAAGUGUUAAUUUUGAAUAUUUUUAAAUACCAUCGUCCCUUACUUGGAGGGCCAUACAAAGAAAAACUGAAGUGUUUUUGAAACCUUAUUUUCCUGGCGGAAAGAGAUAUACCACCAAUUACACCUUAGCAUUUUCCGAUAUAGCUGUUUUUUUGGAGUCUGCAUCCUCCGUCAGUUAUAAGACUAAUCUUGACACAAUCUCCAGUGGUAAUUGUCAUGUCGUAAACUCUGCGACAACGCAGUUUGAAGAAAACAUAGCUUAAAAGUCGUUGGGACUAUCAAGCAUUCAUCUCGAUGAGUUCAAGUCUGAUUUCAGUCCCACUUUUCUGAAUACUCUGUUACAUCCAACCUCCAUUUUUGUGGCUUUGAGUUUUUAACUGCUGAAGAAUGUUUUUACUAAUUGAUUUAUGACAAAAAAUGAAUGUAGUGAACGGGAUCAUUAACCCUAUUCAAGCUCUGCCAAGUUUUAAAUCGAGAAACCAUGACCUGUCCUGUCAGGAGCUCUUUUCCCUCUUAAUUCUCCUUUAAUUUUUGUGAUAUUAAUGAUGUUUGUAUAAUCGGUGUAAAUAGGAGCGUAUCAAGUAAGAUUUCGCUUUUGACUGCGUGUUAGACGUACCGCAGUCAAAUUUAGAUACUCAUAAAAUGUUUUUAAAGUGACAAACUUUACCCAUACAGAACAAAGGAGAUAACUCUUCAAUAGACUGUUGGAUUAACGUUUCAAGUACUUCCUGUUAUGAAAUUUUUUUUGCAUGAUAUGAGGUGUUAUUAUGGUUUCCUGGCAUUUUGUGCGUAUGUUAGCCUGAUAUAUAGCUAUGCAUUCUCCUUAGUUGGGAGAGAUGUAAAAUCAUGUAACUUUUCACAUUUUUGUCCUUGAAAUCUUUAAAUUUGCCAUUGCACAGUACGUAUACAUUUGUCAUUUAGGUACUAGAGACCAUGCAGAAAUGGUAAAUUCUGAGUUUUGCUUUUGUCAUCUGACAAGAUCCAUCUCUAUCAGUUUCAACUGCUAUCUUGAUUAAUGAAAAACUUAGUAGUUUUGAAAGUAUUUUCAUUCACAGUUUUGGCAAGUUUUGAAUAUUGCACUAAUGAUGCUUUCAUGUAACGGACAGUCUGAAAAAUCAAGAUAAUUAAUGAAAAAAAAUCAGAGGACUUUCUGAGUAGCUUAUCAGCCUAGCAACUUCAGCCUUUGCCAUUCGAGAGCCGAACAACCUCAGAUUGCCAUAUCUAGAAGUGGAGAUUUCUUCUUUAGUUCAGAAAAAGUCAGCUUAGGAAAGAAAAAAAAUUAAUUUGAGGUUUUGAUCAGAGGUCUGAAAAAGUCAGAAAAAAAUCAAAGACUUUGGACAUUUUGGAAUCUGAGAAAAGUUAGGGAAUCAGCGGAUCAAAGUAUUGAAGAACUCCUGGUUACGUGUCAGUAUUGUAGACCAUUUAAAAGUCAUCAUAACAUUGCAAGUAAAAAUACUCUCUAAUUGACGAAUAUCUUGAUUUCUUCCAUUGCAUUGCUGUAGAAAAUAACAACAGAAAAUCAUUCAAAUCUGAAAAAGCUUCUCAAACUUUUUUUUUACAAAGUGUGACAAACUGAAAAUAGGUAGGAUAAAAAAUGUGGAAAGUUAUCUGAUCUUACUCAUAGCCUAUUUGUUAUCUCCCUGCUAGAAUUCUAUUUCUGCUAACUUGAAAGAGAAUUUAACUCAAAAUCAGCGCUGACAAAACAAAUUAGAUAUAAUUGAACUCACCCGGACUAAUUUCCUAAUGCCUAGUUCUAGUUUUAAGACUUACAAGGAGAGGGCCCAAGAUCUCUGCCUCUGAUUUGGAUGUGGCAUUGUUGCUAGAUAGUGCUGAAAAGUCAACACAUUUCCCCAUUUAAACCCAAGUAAAAUAUCCACAUUUUAUCGUACAAUCUGGAACCCUAGGAUGUGGAUCAAAAGUUAUGUUCAGAGCUAAUCCCUAAGGUUCUUUAACAUCCCCACUCACUCGCACAAAUCCCAUUUCAAAUAAAAAAAAUGACGUAUCUGCACCGCUUUCCUGUUUGGGGGACUUACUGGGUACAAUAAUCAUUUAGCGCAAACUGCAUCUGAAUCAGACACGACUAUUUUGGAACUCCUUUUGUUAAAUUUACUUCAUUAACACCACUAACUCAAAACUUAGCGUAAGUUUUCUAGAGUAAGAAGUCUCAUAAUGAAACAGCAAAAAAUUUUAGAGAGUCCUCAGAGGGAUUUACAUGAAACCUUUAAUCGCCUGUCUCAAUUGCAAGGUUCCAAAGUCAUGACUGGGAUGAGCUUAGAAUUCGACUCCUGUAGGCUUGUGAGAGCAAGUCGAUUUUUACCACUUUUUCAAAAUUAACUUUUUGAUUUUAGGUUCAUUUUUAUGUUAUUCACAUUAUAGUUUUUAUCCUUUUCCCGUGCAAAUUAAGUUGUUCUUUCUAUUCCGAUUUUUUAUUUAUCGUUGUGUAUGAUUUUUCAACAUUUUCUAUUUUUGGUUGUGAUACAAUCUUAUCUUCUUUUCUUUCUCUCUCUCUCUUUUUUCGUUUUUUUCACCAUCUCAUAUUGUUUGUAUGAUUUUGAUUUUAUGUGUUUCGAUGAUCAUCCUUAAUUAGUCUCGAAUCGUUACCUAAUUUUGAUGACUGAUUUGUGAUGUUUUGAUGAUUGCAACUGAUUUUUCCUGUGAACUUUACAAAGUAAGCGCUAGGAUGCCUCUCAAAAUAGGGCACACCAAUGUAUUACAAAUUUAUGUUUUCAGCAUUUAUCAUUUCAGAGUUGUUGACCUCCUUUAUAAUCCUUUUUAGAGUGUAUAACUAAUGCAAUAGCAUUUCAAUUUCAUGUUGUAACAUUCACUCCAAGUUGCUCAUGUUUUGCAGUCUAUUAUCAUUUCUAGCAGCUCUGUUUUUCUCAUUACAACUGAUCAAAGUUGCAAAAAAUUUAUGUUAAAUUGAUGGUCAAAAAGCGAAACUAAGUAUCUCCAUUGCGGUGUCUCAACAUUGAAAAAAAAAUAUAAAAAAUUGAGGUUUUCAAGAAAUUAUGCUAACUAAUUUUCCAAAGAGAAAAUGAAGUAUAAUAGGAAGUCGCAAACGAAAAUACAUGGUUUCGCAUUAUAGCCAUUAAAAUGCUAUUUCACAGGCUGACAAUGGGUUUCUUGUCGCUUUGUUGUUCCACACGAAUUUUAUCUCAGUUUAUUUUUGUUUUUAUCACAAUAACUACGACCAAUUAAAUACCAUCACAGCUGUGUUUUACCAGUUUUUUUUAGAACUGAUUAUAUCUUACCUCUUUCCAAUCGUUUAAAUUUUCUUUUUUUUUUUUUCAUUUUUCCAAACUUAGACAUAUUAACUAGUUUCUCAAUGUUAAUUCACAUGGUUACAAGAUAUUUGUUUUGGGCUAUUGGCCAGUUUUUUUUUUUACCUUUGAUGGAAAACAGUCAAGUUUGAGAGGAUGAUUCUUUAAAAAAUCUAUCUUUGAGAUAAAUAGUAACACUGCAACAAACUUUUAUAUUCAAAAUUUGUUCAGUCAAUAAUACCUAUGUCCUAAGAACCGAACGAGGUUUGAAAAACCAAGUAUGUUUGCCUGUGCUUUUUAAAGGAACAGGUGCCAGUUUAGCUCUCAAUCUUUUCCUAGCAAAAAAUUUGUGCAUGAGUGAAUGAAUUUAUAUUAUCAAUCUUCAAUUUAGAUUAUCCUUGUAUUUAUUUGGUUUCAGUAAAGCCAAAAUUGAAGUUUAAAUCUGUUUUUUCGUUUUAGGAGGGAACAGGUUUUGGCUGUCUUGCUGAUAAGCAAGGCAGCUGUUAUAUGCACGCAAUACACUGGAACUAUAUGUAUCACAUUUUAGUUUUGAUAAGGGAAUUCAUUGUAAAUAAAUUCAGAACAAAUAAAAUGUUUGUUUUAUCAAAAAA